GAUUUAUUUGGGAAAAAGAUCAAUUAAAAGAUGCACUAACAGACGAGUGACGGUCGAAUUUGAGUGGAAAAGCAUUAGAUAUGUUUUGAGCGUUCCAUACAUUCGUUAAAUCUCAAAUAAUUGGUUUUCUUUUCGUCACGGUAAUUAAAAGAUUAAAGCAGAAGAAUGUUGCACAAAGAAAAAGAGAUGGUUUUUUAUGGUUUUUACGUAUUAGGGCUUAUUUUUGUUUCUUGCCAAGCCGUUCUCCAGACAAGUGAAGAUCUGGAGUCUGGAUACGUAGGAGGAUGGUGGCUUUCACUCGGCAUCAAGUCUCCUUUUGUCGAAUUCACCACGGAAUUCGAGACCUUGUCGAACGACACGACAUAUUUCAAUUUUACGCAACACAUGAACGUAAUUCAGAGUAAGCAGAUGCAAACGGUCACGAGUCCCACGACAACUCCUUCCACUACGACAAUGGCUGCCAAAACGACAAUUCCCGCAGUCCCGAAACGCUUGACUCUCAACAUUGGAGGCCAAACAGCGGAUUUUCUCGCUUUAUUUGGGCACCAUCCAUCUUUGUCGAUUACGCCACCCACGCACUUCACUACCGAAAUUCCAGACAAGACAAUUCGUAUUGUGGAGACGCAAGAACGUGCCGAGGCGUUGCAAAGUGAGCCGAAAAAAUACAUUAUUCCGCUGGCUCUCAAGACCACAUCCACAGAGAAAGAGAAGAAAUCGACCGUUUUUCAAGAUACAUCGUUGCACAUUGAUGACUUGAAGAAUCACAUCUUGAUGUUGCAAAAUUUCGCUCAAGCCGACAAGACAUUCCAAAGUAAAUUUGUCGUUUUUCCGCAUUUGAGCAAUGAAACAACCACUAGCACCACGACGGAAGCUCCCACGACGCCACCCAGAACAACAAGUGCUAAAAAGGUCAGAAUUAAUUCGAGAAAUUUGGUUCGUAUUUCGACGACAGCAGCUCCGCCGCAAGUUUUUCUCCAAAAUGACCAGAGUUCUGCCGAUGAUCCAGAAGUUGAAAGUGACGAGGAGAAACGUAAACUCGAGAAAAGACGUCGUCGCAAGGAACGAAAGAACUUGAAAAGAACUCAAAGUCCGAAUAUGGGUCCGUCUUCGCGUGCCAAUCACAGCAGAAAAUCCAUCAACAAAGCCAUUCGGAAUGAGAGAGACGAAACAAAGGCGAAUUUCAAACGCAGCAAGGUUUCUCGUAAUAGACGAGCAUCCAGUAAACUUCGUAAAAAAUCGAUUUUGAAUACGAUUGACGUGAUCGAGAAACAAUUCGAGACUUCCUCACUCGAUCCGAAACUUUGCUACAUCCCAGACGUACUUUCUUAUGGGCAGCAAAAAUUGUGUGGUACUAAUAUUAAUGUGAUGCCCGUUGUAUCUCGCGCUGCCCGGAGCGCCCUCCAGAAUUGCAAGAUGCAGUUCAAAAAUCGUCGUUGGGACUGCCAAACAAUCGACGAUCCCACAGUAUUCGGACCAAUUAUUUCCAUUGGUUCCUCGGAAAUGGCUUACGUUCAUGCACUGAGCUCCGCCUCUUUGAUGAGUUUUGUGGCGCGUGCAUGUCGCGACGGAGCCUUCAACACUUGCGGUUGCUCCAAAUCGAAACGUCCAAAAACGCUCAAAGAUCAGUGGGUCUGGGGCGGUUGCGGUGACGACUUUGAAUUUGCGUACAAAUUUACGCAACGUUUUGUCGAUUCGCGCGAAAAAGAGCUGCGACGACUGACACGAGCUAUUGUUUCGGCUCCCCCAAAAGAAAUACCCAAAAUACUAGAGCAAGAGCUAAAUUUGACGGAUGAAAGUGCGGCAACGUCCACAUCUCCGCCCGCCAUUUUGUCGUCGCACGAGGACAAACAUGGCAAACACAAAGGCCGCAAAGGCUACACUAAAUUUAAUACGCAACUCGAGGCACGUAGCUUGAUGAAUUUGCACAACAAUGAGGCAGGUCGUCGUGCCGUCGUAAAGAAGUCUAGAAUUAAUUGCAAGUGCCACGGCGUAUCGGGCUCGUGCAGUGUCAUAACGUGCUGGCAACAACUGACGUCCAUCAAGGAUAUCGCCGAAUAUCUCAAGGAAAAGUAUGAUUCGGCCACGCAGGUGCGUAUGAAUCAGCGCAAAAAGUUGCAGGUACGCGAUUAUCGUCGCACCAUCCCGAAUGCCGAGGAUCUCGUUUACAUUGAAAACAGUCCGGACUGGUGUCGUCCCAAGAAUAACUGGUGGAAGGGUACUCAAGGACGCGUUUGUAAUCGCAACUCAAAGGGUCCCGAUAGCUGCUUUGGAAACAACAUUUGUUGCGGUCGAGGUUUUAACACGCGCAAAGUCGUGGUUCGCGAAAAGUGCAACUGCAAAUUCCACUGGUGUUGUACGGUCAAAUGUCGUACUUGCGUAAAGACAAUAGAAGAAUACACAUGUAAGUAAAUUCUAAGUUUUAAAAUAUUUAAAUAAUUAAAUAACAAGAAAAUCUAACAAUAUUAUAAAGAAAAAAAAAGAAAUACUAGAGGUAGUGAGAAGCAAAAAUGCUCAAAGUUUAUAGACAGAUGACAGGAAAUCUCAAAAAAAGAACAAUAAUUUACUUGAAACAAUAAUGACAAUUAAAAUAUACUCUUAAAAACAUUUCCCAGUAAAGUAAAGAUAGACAGUAGGUUUAUGGAUGAAGAUAGAAAUUAUGCCUAAAGCAGAAAGUUUAAAUUUUUUAGAAAAGUAUGAAAGUGGCAAUCUCAUACAUACUUUAUAUACAUUACAUAUAUUUACUCAAAU